AUGGCCGCCGUAGGCCGUUUUGGUGCAGAAAAAAAGGAGCGAGUCCAGGUGAGAAGAAGGACAGUCACAGUCAGACUCCCAGCCCUGGACGAGACAAAACCGCACCACGUGCAGGCUCUGAUGUCACUUCCUCUCACUCACAGAGGAGAAAAACAGGGAGAGGGAGGGAAGACAGCGCUGCCCGCCACUCACUGCCCGCUGCUCACCGACCUGCCGCCAGUUUGGUGCUGCGGAGGAACGUCAAUGCCGGUGCAGAGGAAUGGCUCCUUAUAUCAGGUUGGCUACCCUGGGGGCGAGCUGGCGGCACAAUUAGCAACCUCUGAGAACACAAUAAUUACCUCCAAUGUAACACAAAGGAGAGAUUAUAACCUGUACAAGGUGAACCGAGGAGGAGGCCAGAGGAGUGCAACUGAGAGAACGACUGGGCGAGAGCCGGGACUCCGGACAGUCGGGCCAGUGACAGUGGACAAAGCAUGUUACCUGCAGACUCAGGGAUCCCGUCCUGCAGACCACGCAAGCGUCACAAUGAUCAACCGAAUGGGGAUACUAAAACCUCAUGAGGGUGAUAAUUACAGACCUGCUAGCCAGAGGAUCCAGGUGUUCCAAUCCCCUCCAUGGUCACAGGUGUAUAAAAUCACACACCUCGGCAAGCAGACGCUUCUACAGACAUUGAGUCUCCGCGAUGCGGUGCGCCAGGUCACCCUCCUACAAGCGGCCACCAGGCGCUUCAUCCACGCAGCGGAGGAGGCGAGGGGGUCGUCGUUCUGGGGGGAUGUUGAGGUGUCUGGAUUCAAAUCCGAAGAGCCCGCCUACGAGGAGCAGGUGAGAGGAGAAACAUACGUUCCCUCCAGGAAAAAAAAAGAGAAGGAGAAAUUGGCUCUGGCAUUUGACUCGAACUUCUUCAAAACUCAGUACGAGUUCACCUUCCCUGAGAAGGCGAUAGAGGUGACUCUGCGGCGGCCGGAGGAGCGCUCCGAGCAGGACAUUCGAUUCAUCCGCAGCAUGAUGAUGGGGAUCCUCGGCUUCCGGAGGUACAGCACCCAGAUGCAGCACAUGCUGGCGCGAGUCGUCUAUUACCGCAGGUUCGGACGCGGGAGAGUCAUCGUGCGGAAGGGGCAUCGCGGCGACAGCUUCUACUUUGUGUUUUCCGGGGUCAUCGCGGUCACGCAGGAUGAAGACGGCAGUAGCGCCCUUCUGGACCCCGAACCCAUCCUGCUCCACAAAGGGGCCAGCUUCGGGGAAGUGGCUCUCCUGAAAGGCCUGAGGAGGAAUGCCACGGUGGUCUGCAUGGAGGACACAGAGUUCCUGGUGGUGGACCGGAAAGAGUUCUUCCGGAACAAGCUGGACCAGGAGCUGCAGAAAGAACUCCAAUACCGGUUCCGCUUCUUCAGGUCUCUGGAUCUCUUCUCCACCUGGUCUGACGAACGCCUGGAGAAGCUGGCCGACCACUGCAAGACGGAGGAGUGCCACCACAGCCAGGUCAUCAUCGGGGACACUCACCAGACCAAGAACAUUAUCUUCGUGACAAAGGGCCGCUGUGAAGUUCUGCACCUGGUGGAUCUGAGUGGCUGUCCGUCUUUCCACAAGUGGAUCAAACAGCACGAGGCGCUGCUGGGGAGGAAAUCCAUGACCUCAUAUUGUUCUUUCCUGUUCAUGGCAGAAAAGACAGAAUCAAACUCCAGUGUUAACGGCGCCCCGUCCAGCGCCAUCAAGGAAGCCACAGACGUCCUUCCAGAGAGGAGCGUGUACUCGGUGGCAGACCUGGCCGGGGGAUAUGGUCGGCCGACAUCCUGUUCCGAAGGCCCCGGGAACCUGAACUUACCCAGAGAGCUGAUGGCGGCCGUCUACCUUCGUAUCGACUCUCUGCAGCCCGGACAGCACUUUAGAGGAGUGGACGUGGAGUAUAUUGAGGCCUGCUUUGAGAAGAAGGGACACUUAUUACCCGAUCUGGUACUUCCUCUAUCACAUGAUAAUGAAACCUGCCUAAGCCACAGCCUCAUAAGGGACCCGCGCUCCAUGGUAAUAGUCAGCCAGGGGUCAGAGGUUAUCCGGAUCAAGCUGGACAAGUUCUCAGAGCUGGCUGAUCUCGCCACCCUGAAAAAGCUGAGGGAGAGAAUUGUGCCGUAUCCCAGCGACAACGACCUCUGCAGGAUCUUCUUGGAGCAGAACCGAUGGAAAAUCUUCAAGUCAGACCUGGUCAACCAACUGAGCUCCUCUCCGAGGCUCCACCCGAAACAUUACCGGCACCAAGAGACGGGCCGCGCCGGGCACAAGGGCCAGAGUGCCGACAAGAGGGGGAUCCUCCAACUGGGAACCCACAAAGCAAAGGCAGAGAAGUUCUGGACGACCCCCCCGAAGAGCAAAGCCUCCGAAUGCAGCGAUGACAGAGAGGAGCCCGAAGGUUCAGCAGCUCUCGUCCGCCUCAUCCACGCCAUCGAUAUCCCCAAACUGUGCGGGAAGAGGAUCAUGUGGUGA